ACAGAAAAGUGGAUCGGAGUCAAGUUCCUAAUCCAAGCAGUCAAAGCCCAUUCAUUACAAAAAUCUAUGUUGGCUAGCUCCUUUAGCUUAAUAACUAGCGUAGAGUUUGACACACAAUGGGAUCACCAUUCAAGCCCAUCUCAUGCACCAGGAAAACCCCAUACAGAUUAGAAACCAAGAAUUUAUCAUACCAAUUGUGCAGCCAACUUGAUGAAUACAGAACUCUUUGCUUUGGUGCAAAUCCUAGGAGAGUUGGAAAGUUCAUUCUGAAGGAUGUAAAUUGUGAGGCAAGGCCGGGGGAGCUUACUGCUAUUGCUGGUCCUAGUGGAGCUGGAAAAACCACACUGCUUGAAAUUCUUGCUGGGAGAAUACCCCCAUCAUCUAAAGUGUCAGGGCAAGUACUUGUCAAUCACAGGCUUAUGGAUGUGAACAGAUUCAGAAGAGCAUCUGGGUAUGUCACACAGGAAGAUGCUUUGUUCCCAUCACUUACUGUUCGAGAGACACUCAUGUAUAGCGCUUUGCUGAGGCUUCCCGGCGGAAGAAAAGUUGCUGUCACCAGAGUUACAGAGUUGAUGAAGGAGCUUGGGUUGGACCACAUUGCAGACUCAAGAAUUGGUGGAGGAUUGGAAUCAGAUCAUGGCAUAUCCGGUGGCGAAAGGCGAAGAGUUUCCAUUGGUGUAGACUUGGUUCAUGACCCUGUAGUUAUUUUGAUUGAUGAACCAACUUCAGGGCUGGAUUCAGCAUCAGCUCUUAAUGUAGUCUCAUUGCUGAGAUUGAUGGCAUUUAAUCAAGGCAAGACAAUUGUUUUAACAAUCCACCAACCUGGUUUUCGCAUCUUAGAGCUAUUUGACGGUCUCAUUUUGCUGUCUGAUGGAUUCGUCAUGCAUAACGGGUCAUUGAAUCUUCUCGAGGCGAGGCUCAAGUUAGCAGGGCAUCACAUUCCGAACCAUGUCAAUGUCCUUGAAUUCGCGCUUGAUGUCAUGGAAAGCUUGGUCAUACAUGCUACUUCAGAAUCUGGGAACAACCAAUUUCUUCUCAGUGACAGAGAGCGCAUAGAUCGCAAAAUGAGGAUGCAGUAUGCUAAGAUUGUCAAAGAAAAGGCUCUUUUGUACUCAAAUUCUCCAAUGGAGGAGAUUUUAAUCCUGGGACAGAGAUUCUGCAGAAACAUAGUCAGAACCAAGCAACUCUUUAUUACCAGGGUCAUACAAGCCUUAGUAGCAGGAUUUGUAAUGGGGACCAUAUUUUUGAAUGUUGGCAGCAAACAAAGCCAACUAGCAUUGCAAACACGAAGCGGUUUCUUUGCUUUCAGCCUUACCUUUUUGCUGUCAUCAACAACAGAAGGCUUACCUAUUUUCUUGGAGGAGAGAAGAACUUUCAUGAGAGAGACCUCAGGAGGAGCUUAUAGAGUUUCUUCCUAUGUUCUAGCAAAUACCCUUGUGUUCCUUCCUUUCCUUCUCAUGGUUGGUCUUCUCUACACUACUCCAGUUUAUUGGCUUGUAGGAUUGAGAAAAGACAUGGAUGGUUUUCUUUACUUCUCUUUAGUGGUUUGGUUGGUCCUGCUGAUGUCGAAUUCUCUGGUGGCUUGUUUCAGCACUCUAGUGCCGAAUUUCAUCCUCGGAAGCUCGGUGAUUUCAGGUCUAAUGGGGUCUUUCUUUCUGUUCUCAGGGUAUUUCAUAUCAGAAGAAAAAAUGCCCCGGUACUGGAUUUUUAUGCACUAUUUGAGCAUGUUCAAAUAUCCAUUUGAGUGCCUUAUGAUAAAUGAGUAUGGAGGAGAGCAAGGGAAAAUGAGAUGCAUAGAAAUUAGCAAUGGAGAAUGCAUAUUACAUGGAGUUGAGUUCUUAAGACAACAGGAUCUGAAAGAAACACAAAAAUGGACCAACUUGGCUGUGAUGGGAGGCUUUAUAAUAGGGUAUCGUGUGCUGAACUUUUUCAUUCUUUGGUUCAGAUGCUACAGAACCAGAAAAUAAAUUAGGUUUACAAAAGUAUUAGGUGCUCGUUACACUCUUUAUACUAAUUUUCAUUUAUUUUUUCACUAAUGAUAAAGCAUAGUUCAUGUUUCCACGCAGAAAAAUAAUCUAUCAAUAUUGUUUAGUACCAACAGAGAAGACAAUCUAUCAGUAUAAUUAUUCUGAAAUCUGAUUCUUCUGAAUUUCCUAUCUCUAAUUGCUAUUAUCUCCUUCAUGGAUUUUGGCUUCAUCAUGUGUAUCUUCACGAAAUGAAUACUUUGCUAUUUAUUCCAAGUCAAAAUAUAUAUGCAUUUACUGUUAGGGUAUUGAUUUUUGUACCAUCGUCACAUUUUCUCACCACCUAAGUUUACCGCACUUAUGUUUGCGGGACAAAUUACACACCACAAAUAUAAGUGCGGAAUACAAAUUAUACAUUCCGAGCAUUAAUUAUAAGUGCGGAAAUACGUCAGAAGGGGACGGCAUGAAAAUUUAAAGGGGUGGUGCGAAAAUUAAUUCCCUUACUGUUAAACUCACUAACUGAGGAAUGAUGAUGGUAGAAACUAACUGGUAAUGAAUUAUUCAGUUUCUUUCCCCCUAGCAAUACAGAAAUGGGUUCACUCAACCAAACCAAAACAUAA